AUGACCGAAAUGGCCGUCUCACCCGUCGACAAUGGCCAAUCUGACGCCAAGCCGGCCAAAAACAGACAGUUUUCUGUCUACGCCAACCGAAUCAAGCCCGUUGACGUCCGCGGUCCUGUCGAAUCUCCGCCGCUUCCCCAGGUCGCGCCAGUUCUGCCUCGUUGGGACUCGCUUCAGAAUGGCCCUCACUUGAUGGCUGUCAGUCCAACAGCAGACUCUUUCCCCAAAGAUGUUUUUUACGACGCCCCAGAACAGCUCAGGCCGCCUCUUUCGCCCGCCUUUGAAGAGUUUCCUCGCAUACCUCUCGAAGAACCUCUGCCAUCUCCCAAACCGAUCCUCUCUGCCAAGUCGUCCAAUGCCGACAUGCGACAAUCAUCUGGCUCCGUCGGCAACUUUUCCAGGCCCCGAAAACCGAGCAUUAAGCUACCGCUACAGCAGAAACCCGCCACACCGAAAGAGCCUUCACCGCAGCUCAACCACAGUUUCGUCGGCUCGCCAUGGCACAAUCCUCGCUCUCGUGCCCAGUCCAACGCAUCGGUAAACUCGACAUAUACAUUUGCGUCUCCGCCACUCGCCAACGUCUAUGACUGGUCCGCCCCUCCGUCGCCUCGCCUUUGCGCCGCUCCCCACUCUACCAACGGCUCGCCUAUCACGGCGCCUACCUCGACAUCUAGCAGGCCGCCUUUUGCUACUUAUAAUCGUGUAGACUCGUCUGUUUCGGCGCCUCCAGGGCCUGUCGGCGCUCCUUGGGCGGGUGGAGACGAGAUGCGGUCCAGUUUCAGGUCCCAGCUUACAACCUCCACAGCCCCCGGCACCACUGCGACCGAGCGCAGCAGUGUCAUGACCAAAGACAGCUCCGUCAGCUCCCUCUACGCUAAUGCAGACGCUGAGGCCGACGAGUUUAGCAUCGAGGAUGUCAUGCUCAUGUACGAGAAUGGUUUCAAAGAUGACACGGACAACGAAGACGACGCCACUGACUCGGACGGCUUGCCUCGCAUCUCUCGACAGCUCACCACCCUGUCAGAAACAGGCCCAGCCGUCGCUCGUUUCGAACAAGCUGAGAGCUCUCAACCUCCCCGCGUUGCGGCCCGCGCUGCCCCAUCCGCUUUGGACGCGGAAAUCCGCCAAUCCAAAAUGCUCUUCUCCAGCCCAGCCUUUACAUCAAUGCUUCCUGCCAUUGCUGGCGACAAUAUGACAAUCAAGGAGGAAGAACCCCUUCACAAGAGAGACUCGGCCAAGUCGAUUGGCACGGAUCCCUCUGUGACGUCUCGUCCAGCUACGUCUGAAUUCAAAGAAACCCUACCAGUCUCCCCCAUUUCCGACACGUUCUCACAACCAAACUCUAUUUCCCCCACGCCGCCUCCAGCUCCCGUGCCGUCUUAUGCCGAGACUGAAGAGCCUGGCUCGCGCGAUCGAUAUGGCUUCAAGAAGCAGAGUCAGACCAUCACUCGUCAGCAGUACGACGAUUGGAAUAAAAACUACUCGCAAUACUUGAGCCGCCGGCGCCGCAAAUGGGUAGCUUAUCUCAAGGAUCAUGCUUUACUGACCGACCGCCCGAUUCGAUUCCCGCCACCCAAUGCAAAGACAAAGCGAUUUGUCCGCAAGGGCAUCCCCCCGGAUUGGCGCGGCGCCGCCUGGUUCUACUACGCCGGCGGGCCCGCCAUUCUAUCCAAGCAUUCCGGACUCUACGAAAAACUGCUUUGCGCUCAUGCAAAGCAGAUUGACAUUGAUGCUAUUGAACGAGACUUGCAUCGUACUUUUCCUGACAAUAUUCAAUUCAAGCCCUCGCCGGCCGGAUUCGACGCCUCGGCCUCGGCCUCGAGCAGCGAGCGUCAGAGCCAGUCGACACUGACCAGCGACGAAACGUCGAGCGCAUGCAGCGCUCAAGCUGUACCCGGCGAGCCACCUAUUAUUACUUCUUUGCGCCGCGUUUUACACGCAUUUUCUAUUUAUAACCCCCGCAUCGGAUACUGCCAGAGCCUAAAUUUUCUGGCCGGUCUGUUGCUUUUAUUCGUCGAGACGGAAGAGCAAUGCUUUUGGCUACUCAACGUCAUUACACACGUUUAUCUUCCCGGCACGCAUGAGAUGAGUUUGGAAGGCUCCAAGGUGGAUCUGGGUGUGCUAAUGGCCGAGAUUCGCGACACUAUGCCCGAGGUGUGGGAUCGAAUUGGUGGUGAGUUGGAGGAGCAGACCAACUUCAAACCGCCGCCAAGCCGUCUGUUCCGGCGCCCGCUUGGCAGGUCGCGUCAUCGCGGCCACCCCAGUCUUUCAACAGAACGUCUACCUCCCAUAACUUUGUGCAUGACGGCGUGGUUCAUGAGCUGUUUUAUUGGCACCUUGCCGAUUGAAACGACGCUGCGCGUUUGGGACGUCUUCUUCUACGAAGGGUCCAAGACACUGUUUCGAGUGGCCCUGGCUAUUUUUAAGCAUGGCGAGGCCGAGAUUAAAUCCAUUUCGGACCCGAUGGAAAUGUUUGGCGUAGUGCAGGCGCUACCGCGAAAGAUGCUGGAUGCCAACUUGCUGAUGGAGCAAUCGUUCAAGAAACGCAAUGGCUUCAACCACUUGAACCAGGACGCCAUCGACGACAAGCGACGCGAGCGACGUGACAAGGCGAAAAAGGACCGUGAGCAGAUUCAGCACAGCCAGACGAUGCAAAACGGCAACGUGACGGAGACGGAGACGGUGUCGGUGGUGAGGCGGGCGACUCUGUUUGGCAAGAAGAGGCAUGCCAAGCCCGAAGUUUGA